CAAACAAUUUGGAGAAGGACAUAAAAAAUCAAAAGAAAAAGAAAUUUAAAAAUAAAAGAAAAUAGAAUAAACAAAAAUAAAAUGAUUGAUCUUGAUUCGCUUUCAUGUUCUUCAGAAACACCACUCGAUAUCAAAAGAUCCAAAUCCAGAAUUCAAUAUUAUAAAACCCAUAACAGAUUGAAUCGAAACAACACCACAAAUUCCCAGAAAUCAAAUUCUCCUAUUCUUCUUCUUCUCUAUUCCCUCUUCUGUUAUAGUGACUGCGAAGCCGAUGAGAAGACGAAGAAGCACAUGUUUCUUCAUCCUUUAUUGAAGAUACGAAUUCAUUGAAGAAACCCUUAUUAUCUAGGGCUUUUAUUAAAACAUCAACUUCCACCAAUCACAACAAUUCAAUGAAAACCCAAACCAGAAAGAGACUUGGUAGGGAAAUCUCAAUCCGUUCUUUUUGUGCUGAACGUCAACAGUCUUUUGGAAGAGAAGUUAGACAUGCUGCUGCUGAGACUUAUUUAAUUACUCGUCUUAGUUUCGAGUUGUUGCGUUAUCUCGGGGUAGGCUACAGAUGGAUUACGAAGUUUCUCGCUCUUGGUUGUUAUGCUAUGCUUCUUAUGCCUGGUUUUCUUCAAGUAGCAUAUUACUAUUUCUUCUCAAGUCAAGUCCGGAGAAGUAUAGUUUAUGGAGAUCAACCAAGAAAUAGGCUGGAUCUGUAUUUACCUAUAAACAAUGAUGGGUUGAAGCCUGUUGUCAUAUUUAUAACUGGUGGAGCUUGGAUAAUUGGGUACAAAGCCUGGGGCUCUCUUUUGGGGCUGCAAUUAGCAGAAAACGACUUCAUUGUGGCAUGUGUAGAUUACAGAAAUUUUCCUCAAGGAACCAUUAGUGAUAUGGUUAAAGAUGCUUCUCAAGGGAUCUCAUUUGUGCUCAACAACAUUGCUGAAUAUGGAGGUGAUCUUAACAGGAUUUAUUUAAUGGGGCAAUCGGCUGGUGCACAUAUCGCUGCUUGUGCCCUUGUGGAAAAAGCAGCCCAUGCAUCUGCUGAACGGGAGAACUCUUGGAGUGCCUCCCAGAUAAAAGCUUAUUUUGGAAUAUCUGGAGGGUACAACUUAUGUAAAUUGGUUGAUCACUUUCAUGCGCGAGGCCUUUAUCGAUCCAUUUUUCUCAGCAUAAUGGAAGGGGAGGAAUCUUUGCGGCGCUUUUCCCCUGAAAUAGUGGUGCAAGAUCACGGUCUAAAUAAUGGAGUUAAUAGUCUGCCUCCUAUUAUUCUUUUACAUGGAAGUGAAGAUGUUUCAAUACCAUCAGAUGCCAGUAAGACUUUUGCUGAUGCUCUUCGGAAAGUUGGAGUUAAAACUGAAUUAAUUAUAUAUGAUGGGAAAACUCAUACAGAUUUGUUUCUUCAGGAUCCUCUAAGAGGUGGUACUGAUCAGCUGCUCAAAGAUAUUUGUACAUGUAUUCGUAGGAGUGAAGGGGCCGCCUCUACAAAUGAAGAAGAGGUGAUGCUUCCUAGACGACGUCUUGUACCCGAGUUCAUGAUACAAUUAGCUCGCAAAAUCAGCCCUUUUUGAGUAUUUGAUUUCCAAGGUUCUGCCAACUGAGGUACCCAGCAGCCUCAAUUUGAUAUUGUAUUUUCAGUUAUUUGUUGUUUUCAUACACCCUGGUCCCUGGAUGCAGAUAUGUACAUUUUGUACUGAAAAUCUCAUUUGAAUGUAUGGAUCAGUUAAAGGCAAUGACAUCUGUGUAACUGUGUUGAUGGAUGAAAACUUUUAAGUGUAUAUAAAAGUCGUUGUUUUGAAAAAAAAAA